AAAACGAAAACAAAAUCUAUUUGAAUUUGUGGUUACAUUUUUUUUCAAAGAAAAUAAAUCCAAAAAAUGAAUAAGUAUUCAACAAAACGGUCACAUUCUACAACGACGACGACAACAACAACAUAUGAUUCAUAUAAUCAUACACCAACAAAAACAUCUUCAUCAACAAUAACAAAACAUAGACGUGAAUAUUCAUCACCACCACCAUCAUCAUCAUCAAUAUCAAGAUGUCGAUCUAGAGAUCAUAGUAGUGAAGAAAGUAGUAGCCGCCAUAGUUCACAAGAUUCAUGGAGUCCAAGAUCACGUGGUGAUGAUGAUGAUAUUGAUGGUCGUGGUGGUAGUAAAAGUGGCCACAAUCAUCAUCGAUAUAAUCAUUCAAAUCAUGUAAAUAAAUAUUCAGAUCGUAAUAACAGUAGUAAUAAUCAUAAUAUUCGUCGACGUGAAAGAAGUCCAAUAAAUGAUGAUGAUGAUGAAGAUGAUGAUGAUGAUGAUGAUGAUGAUGAUGAAGAUGAUGAUAUUGAUUCGAUUAAUAAUAAUAAUAAUAAUCGUAAUAGCAAGUAUUAUGAACGAACAUCAAGUAAAAGUAAUAAAUAUAUAAGAUUAUCAACAUCAAGAUCACCACCACUUCAAUCAUCAUCGUCGAUGAUAAAUAGCCGUGGUCAUAAUAAUAGACAUAAUGAUUAUCAUCAUUUUAAUCAUCAUAGAUCAACGUCGAAUAAAUUUUCAUCAACAACAAAAAGAUCUAGAUAUGAUGAUACAAGAAAUUCCUAUUAUAAUAAUGGUCAUAGUAGCCAUUAUCGUCAUAAUAAUAAUCAUCACCAUUCAAAUCAUCAUUCUUCGACGUCAUCGUCAUCGAAUAAAAAAUAUUUUGGAAAUUGGUCCGAACAAUAUAGUUCAUCUGGGAAACUUUAUUAUUAUAAUAGUAAAACAGAAAUAUCACAAUGGGAAAAACCUAAAGAAUGGAUAGAAUGGGAAGAACAACGAAAUUCAACAAGGGAAACAUCAUCAUCUACAAGUAGAUAUAAUUCCUCAACAUUGAAUCAUCGUGAUCGUGAUAAUCAUCAUCAUCAUCAUAGUGGUAGUAAAUAUCAUCAUCAUAAUGAUAAAUAUGACCAUAGUAGUAGUAACAAUCAACAACCGAAGUCCUAUGCAUACUCAAAUCAUUCACCAUCCGAGCAUUCAUCAUCAACAAUAUCGAAUAAUAAUAAUAAUAAUGAUCGACAUUAUUCACAUCAUCAUCAACAACAACAUCACCAACAUCGGAAUCGAUCAUCAACAUCAAGACAUCGAUCAACAUCGAGACAAAGAUCUCGUAGUCCGUCGACACAUUAUUCCUAUCAUAAUCAUAGUUCAUCAUCAUCAAGAUCUCAUCAUAAUAGACGUCGUCAUUAUGAUGAUGAUGAUGAUGAUUAUACUGAUGAAAGUGAUGAUGAUCUAAUUACUAAUCAUCAUCGUCAUAAUAGGAGUAAUAGUAGAAGUAAAAUGGAUAAAUUAUCAACAGAACAAUCAAGAAAUUCAUUAAAUCAUGAUUCUGAUAAUAAUAAUGAUGGUGAUGUUGAUGUUGGUGGUUCUAAUGUGCAUUCAAAAUUAACAAAUAAUUCCAUCGAUAAUCGUCAUCACCAUCAUCAAGAUAAUUCUUUGGAUAACCUUAAUAAUAAUAACAAUAACGAUUCAAGCCAUAAAAUAAUGGAUAAUGUGACAAAGAUUAAAGAUUCAAAUAGUAAAUUGGAUGCAUGUUCACCAGAUUCUAAUUUAUCCGCAUUUUUAAUGAAAGCGAUGACAUCGAUAGUAUCACAAUCAUCAUCAUCAUCAUCAACAUCACCAUCGAAUAAUAAUAAUAAUAGCCUUCAUCAUAUGAUUGCCAAAUUAUUACGACAAUUUAAUAUAAAUUCACAAGGUAUUAAUCUAUCAAAUACGGAAGAAAUAUUGAAUCUUUUGAGAAAAUUACAACAAAAAUCUGCUACUACAUUAAAAAAUUCAAGCCGUUCACCACAGAAUGUAAAAUUAAUGAAUAAACAACAACAUCAGCUGUACAAUAAUAACAAUAGUUCUCGACAUAAUCUUUUAAAUAGUUCUGAUGGUAUACGUCAAGAUUUAGAUCAAUUAUCUAAAAAAAUUAUCAAUCAACAAUCAGCCGAAUCACCACCACCACCACCAACACCACAGCAAACAACAGAUUCAAAAAGUGUGAAUAAUUGUAGCCAAAACAAUCAAUCAUCAUCAUUAACAUCGGCUAUUUCAUCGAUAACAAGUUCAAAUAUUGCACAGAAUAAAUGUUCAUUACCUGAUCUAUCGAGAUUUUUUAAAUUAUAUAAUGUAGAUCUGAUUAAUCAUGUAUCCGGUUGGUGUUCCGAACAAUUAGAAAAACAGGCAAAUUCAUUAUUUGAACAAGCCAAUCAUAUUGGUAAUCAUUCAUGUACAAGAAUUUUGACUGAAUUAAAAAAUGCCCGAAGUUUAGUACGAUUAACUGAGAUACAGAAAACAUUACAAAAACAAAGGAUUCUGUUUGCCAGUCAACAAAUCAAAACGGUUGAAGAAUGGAAAAGUAAACAAUUUGCAAACUAUUCUUAGUGUGUACAUCAUAAAUGGAAAAAAUUUUUUCCAAUCCUCUACAAAUAAAACUCUCUCAAUUCAUCGACAAAAAAAAUCAAGCAACCAACUAAUUUUCAUUUUUUUUCUACAAAACAUACAGUAAUUUCUCUUUGAUGUGAUGAAAUUCAUACAUUAUUAUUCAAGUUGCAUUCAAAUUCAUCGCGAAACUUUUCAAUUUUCUUGUGAAAUUCAUUAAUUUUUGUACAGACAAUAUAUACAUUGUCACACAAACACACACACACCUAGAUACAUUUGGCAAAAAAGCAUACCUGUAUCAAAAUAAUUUUUUUUUGUCACUUUUGAUCAUCGUUUAUCAGCCAUCAUCAUCAUUAUCGUCAGAUACAUGAAUUUGUUCUUAAAAAAAAAAUACAACAGAAAGACAAAAAAUUCUCCAGAUACAAAUCCAGUCCAUUUUAUCUUGUUCUAGUUUUUUUUUUUUUUUCAUUUAUUAUUCAUCAUCAUCAUCAUCAUCAGCAACAACAACAACAACAAACAAAAUG